UUGUUCAUUAACCUCGAGUCAAAUUUCAACCUUGUUUACAUGAUCACAUCUGGCUUUUGCAGAAUAUUCAUAAGAAUCAGCUGCUUGACGCGUCACGCACGAUAUUUGAAAAAAAUGUUUUCAUCGUCUGUUUCGUCAAGUGGCAUCACGUCGAUCUGAGAAGGGAUUCCAGUCCCAAAGAGAUUCGCACUUUCUAGCAUUUCAUCGAAUUUGCAAAUGGCACUGGAGCGGAAUCAAAUUAGGCCAAAUUUGAUUGAAUCAGUUUGAGAAAGCCUCCUCAGAUACCAAACCGAAAGUCGAAACUACUUUGCUGAAUUGGAGUAAGUAGAAUUCUUGUAUUGCUGCAAGCGCAACUCAUGAAAACCUUUGAAGCACAUGAUCUAGAGAGAAUUUCAAGUUUUGGUACUGAUGGGCGCGUUGGCAAAGUUCACGAGGUGGAAACAUUUUCUGUGUGUCUGCAUUCGCUCGCUCCACACACGUUCACGAAAUCAUAAGAGAGCAAAUUUCGUUUGCUCUGUAGUCUGGACAUUGCUGCUAUGUAGCAACUUGGUCAAGACCAGCGGCUACUCGCAAGUCAGCCACGAGCAAGAGCAGGCAGCAGUAGGUGCGUUCUCUCUUUCUUCGGAAGAGUCGCUGUCAGCGGAGGUGACCAAGCUUAGCUCCAGCAAUCCAGAGCAUGAUGACCUAGGGAAAUGUGACAAGUCAACAUUCGUGGACGAGCAAGAAUUGCGACUUCCGGAGACAUCGGACUCUAGACAUUCGGACUUUAAACUGGAAUGUGGAGUUGGAGACGGAAUUUUCAACGCCAACACACACGAUCAGUACAAUGUCUGUGGAGUUGCCCUGUUUCAGGGCAGAAGGCCGUCGCAGGAAGAUCGAGCCGUUUGUUUAUCGAGUUUAUGUUUACUACUCUCUGGGAUCGAAAACAUCACUGUGGGCCUUUACGCUGUUUUCGAUGGUCAUGGUGGACAAGAAGCCAGCACUUUUGCUGCUGAAGUUUUUCAUCAUCACUUUGUUGAUCAUUUUACCCAAAUCAUUGAGAGCAGUGACGUAGCUAUGAUAAGAGGCAUCAAAGCGUCACAGAAAGAAGGAAAAUGGACGAGUCAAGGAAGUUGGAGUCACGGUUCUCCCUCUCUCAAAGGAGAUGCUAGUGCUGAUGCAUUCGAAGCGAGCAGCCUGUUUAGUGAUGAAGAUCCUGAGAGAUUGUUACCAUCGAAAUCACCUCGGGAUGCUCGGACAAAUCAAGUGUACACGAGCAUCAAACCUUCUGACAUGGGCAGCAGUUUUGAAAAUCGAGAAGUCCCUCACAAGAGCUCCGAGGGAGAAAGAGAACAACCAGGAGUUCUCAAUGACGAAGCAAGGAGAGAGCUGAUUCGAGAAGUCUUGGAAGAUGGUCUUAUCAUCAGACGGAUAUUGGCAGAAGCACUGUCAAGGGCAGUGUUUUCCAUCGACACUAUGUUCUCGGUGACAGCAAGGCAGCUUGGUCUAUUCAGCGGUAGUACAGCAUGUAUCGUCCUACAGGUGGAAGAAGAUAUACUGGUUGCUAAUUUGGGUGAUUCCAAAGCAUUUUUCUGCGAACCCUCAGGGAAAGUGUCUUGUGACCAAAAGCCUAAUGGGAGGCGAAAGAGGAAGAGUGAACGUUCUAAGGCAGAUUGCCAAACCGGAUUAAGAGUUCGAGACCUUACACGUGAUCACCGUCCAGAUAGAGAUGACGAGCGACAACGCAUCGAGGGUGCUGGGGGAUUUGUGACAACACAUGGAGCUGUAGCCCGUGUCAAUGGCAAAUUGGCUGUUUCACGUUCAAUAGGCGAUGUUCACUUGAAAAGAUAUGGAGUCAUCGCCGAUCCUGAAUUUACCGGCUGGUUGAAGAUCCCAAAGAGUCAAAGCUUUCUGACAAUUGCAUCUGAUGGAGUCUUUGAGAAGUUGAACACGCAAAGUGUCUGCGACGUUCUAUAUGCUAUCAAUGCCAACGAAGAUGUUUUCACUGUCUUAGGCCUGGAGAAUUCAACCGCCGAUGCAAUCAUUGCCAUGCCUUCCAUUGCCGAGCGUUUAAAUGACUACUGGGGAUCGGUCAUCAGGCAAGGUUCUUCACUUUCUGUGGGAGAGGGUAUAUGGGAGAGGGAUUCUUCAAAUCUUGGGAACUCCUCAGCUGCUCGAGAAGCAGGCGAGGGAAAUCAAAAGGGAGCGGAAGGCACCGAGGAAAGGCUCGUCGUGAAGGCUCUGAGUUUGGUACAGUCGAUGGCUGAAGCGGUUGGAGAGAUGGCACUAAAGUUAGGUACAAUGGAUAAUGUUGGGACGAUUGUACUUUCCUUGAGGCCGCUGCCUGCUUUGUUGCCUGAUCCGCAUCUUGAAAAGACGACGAAUGAGUCACAACGUUUGGCUGACGAUCCACAAACCGUUAUCGAGCUGUCGGAUAGGAAUACAGUGCAGGGGUUGCGCGACGAGGCAACCGUGGUGGAGGCUGUCAUAGAGGCCGACUCUUUGAUAUCAAAUGGUACUAGUUCUUCGAGAACAUGGAGCAAGAGCCACAAUCGAAAUAAAACCUCUGUGGUCAUGACUCAAAACUUGGAAGCUUCUUAUUGUUACGAGCUUAUUGAAUCACUUCCAAGACAUGCUAUCGUACCGCUUACGAACGUUGUAGAAGGUGGUACUGUACGUGAGGAGGAUGAAGCAGGAAACAGAGAGGGCCUGCUAACGACUGAUGUGUAUUAUACUGGCCCUGGGGGAGGAGGAAGCGUCGAGCUUUAUCGGGAACAGCUUGUUUGCACACCCAAACAAACUCAUCAAAAGGAGAUGAAGGAGCUGUGUAGGAGACCUGUUCGCCUGUCCCACUUUUUGGCUUUGAUCGGUUCUGUUCCUCUCGACAGCCAGACCCUGCUUCCAGAUACGGACAUUCCCUCUGACCGUCCGGUCUUUGUGCCUUCUUCUACUCGUUAUCACAGGUAUAUGUUGAAGAAAAAUUUUGCUCGAGGAGCCUUCGGAGAAGUAUGGCUGGCUGUACGAAGAGCACGUUCAGUACCUGACGGAGGUGACACCAACGAAUUUUACAAUAGUUCUUGCUCAGCAGGAGAUGACAGAUUUGAAACGACAGAGCAGAAUAGGAAUUACAAAGACGAUAGAACAACAUAUGUUCUCAAGCGCAUAUUGGUUGAAAGGGGUAACCAUGUCUAUUUGAGUGGACUACGUGAGAAAUACUUUGGUGAAAUAUUUCUGAAUGCAUCACUAGCAAGAUCGAGAGCUUCGAAGUAUUCAAGUUCAUAUUCCUGUGCACAUUCGAAUCCUUUCUCAAUGUCCAGAUUCGGAUAUUGUCCCUGGAGAUUGAACCAGUCAAGGAGCUUCACAAGGCAGAACUCAGGAUCACGUAGAACUGAAAACCCGAGGGGCUUUGAUAGGUGUAAUAUUGGACCAACCAUUUCUGAAGAAGGUGUCGAGUAUAUAGCUCGGUAUGUAGAAUCUCUCGAAGUUAUAGGGCCGAGAGAGUUAUGGCUAGUUUUUAAGAACGAAGGAAAGUCGUUGUCAAGUCUUCUGUAUUCGACCGAAGGAGCGGAGGUGGAGUCAGGAAUGGAGGGCGCCGAAGGAUUCUUCACAGUAGUUCAGCCAUCACCAUGGUGGCACUGGUUAAAAAGCACCCCGGCUGGGCAAAAGGAGAUGCGAAGCAUUUUGCGACAGUUGCUUUUGGCGGUCAAAGCUUGUCACUCUCGUAAUAUCACUCACCGAGAUAUUAAACCAGAAAACAUGAUCGUUUCAUGGAAAGGUUCCCAGGGCGGUAGCCAUCCAUCAAAGUUAAAGCUGAGACUAAUCGACUUUGGAAGCGCUCUUGACCCGUUCACCGUAAAGCAUCUUUAUGGGCCUUCUGGUCCUUCUCGCUUAGAGCAGACAAAUGAAUACGCUCCACCGGAGGCUUUGCUGGGCAACCAUUGGCUUUAUUUUCAUUCGCAGCAUGCUCAUGUCUAUGACAUGUGGAGUGUGGGAGUGGUGAUGUUGGAACUUGUUCUUGGUACGCCUCAUGUAUUUCAAAUCAGUUCAAGAACACGUGCGCUGCUUGACCGUCGGCUGCAAGGAUGGGAUCAAUCCGCGAAAGAAACAGCUUACAUGCUGCGUGCGUUCAUGGAGAUGUGCAUCCUUCUUCCGGGCAUAUCCUCACACCAUCAGUUUCAUCACCAGCGGGACAAUUUGGACAACUCGGAGGAACAGCGAUUGGCAUCUUGGGAGUGCACGGAACAGGCGUUUUUGGAGCAAAUAAAGCAGAGAGAUAUUUUGGGAAUAGGGAUGCCAGAUAAGUGGGCCCUUCGUCUUGUUCGUCGCCUCCUGCAGUGGUACCCGGAGGAUCGGAUUUCCGCAGAAGACUCACUGAAGCAUCCUUAUUUCCACCCUGAACUGCAAACCGACUAGAACCAGCAAAGAGGAGAUUCAAGGGCUUUGGAUUCGCUAAGAAUGUCAUCCUUCUUUGAGCUGGAAACUUAUCAUUAAGAUCACGUCAAAACAAUGUUAUCUGGCUGAUAGACAAUCUAAUGAAGACUUUUGAGAUGAUUCUCAUUGAAACAAAUUAUAUGGCGCUGUAUCUGUCCGCAAAGCUAUGGAUGGGAAAAACUUAACCUGGAACUUGGUCAAACUUGAGAUUGUGUGCCCAAAGAAAUUUUUUUGUAAGACUAUUGUCUCCA